UUUUCUUACAGUUACAAGUCUAGUCUGGGUGAAAGUUAUAAAAUCGCUAAUCUGUGGAUUCCGUGGUGAUGAUUUAUAGAUUUUUUUGAAUACUGAAACUGAAUAGCUAGUUACUGUUGAUCCAUUUUAGUUUUUAUUUGGAGUUUAGAAUUUUAUCCUUUUGAAAUUGGGAACAAUUGCCAUUACAUUGGAAUAUUUACAUGAAAUCUGAUAAAAUAGAAUUGAUUUGAAUCCAGAAGAUUAUGAAUCAAGGAAGCACUUGCUACAAUAUUGUUGUUUUAUUUCAAUAUGGUAUAAAGCACAAUAAAAUAUGAUUACUCCCAACAUGGACUACGAUUAUCUGAUUAAACUUUUAUGUGUCGGUGACUCCGGUGUUGGGAAAACGAGUUUUUUAUACAAAUAUACGGACGGAGUUUUUCACACUCAAUUCAUAUCAACUGUUGGCAUAGACUUCAGAGAAAAAACUGUGAUAUAUCAUCAAAAUUCAAGGCAACACCGUAUACAUUUACAAUUAUGGGACACUGCCGGGCAAGAAAGAUUCAGGAGCUUGACAACUGCUUUUUAUAGAGAUGCGAUGGGCUUCUUACUGCUUUUUGAUUUAACAAAUGAAGCUUCGUUUUUGGAAGUGCGCAAUUGGAUAGAACAAUUAAAGACACACAGUCUCAGUGAUGAUCCAGACAUCGUUUUGUGCGGUCAUAAAUGCGAUCUACAAGAAAAACGAUUAGUUAAUCAAAAUCGUGCUAGAGAGUUUGCAAAGAACCACAACUUACCAUAUCUGGAAACAAGCGCCAAAACAGGAUUAAACAUUGACCGUGCAAUUGAAAUCUUACUUGAUAAGAUUAUGUACAGAAUGGAAACUUCUGUUGAAUAUGCGAUGCUUUGCGCGUCGGGCCGAAGGCGUCAAUCCUUGCAACGACUCCAAGCGAAGCAGGAUAGAAAGUUGUGCUCCUGCUAAAACUGUACAAACUACGAUUUUGAUACAUUCCGUGGUAUAAAAGUAUUUGGUGCCCUGAAAUAUUUUUAAGUACAAUGUUACUUACAUACUGUUUAUCAAGUGACAGCAAUGUCAAUCCCCAAUCAUCAUCAUGAAUUUUAAAACAUAAAGUUCCAUAAAAGUUGUUUCUCAAACUCGCUUGGUAAUUUGAACAUUAUUUUGACAACCUUCUUUGAGAUUAAUUGAAAUGUUUGUUCUGGCAAAUAUGUGCAGGCCAGCAAAAUUUUUAUGAAAAACCAUAUCUGGGCAAAGUAAAUUACAUAGUAAAAUCACAUCUUUUGUGUAACUUAAAAAUGGAAUGAUCUUCUACUCCGAAACAGCAAUCGAGGAGGUAACUUAUCGGAGGUUUGAUUUAAAUUUUAGAAGUGGCUGGUACCUAGAAAGUUGUUUAUUGAAAAAAAAACAAGUUAUUUUAAUUUGGAAACAUUUUUGUUGUUCAUUGUUUGUCAUUGAUUUUGAAAAGUAUUUGACAGAAUGAGUUCAAGUGAAGACAUUUUAAAAAAAGUACUGUACAACUUUUCCAAUCACCACCACACAUUCUUCCAUCAAUGCCUUUUAUGCUGGCAACUGCAGUAAUGCACUAUUGAAAUGGUGAAUAUUUUAUUUAAACUUAUGGUUUAAUGACUUGUUUGUAUGGUUUUUUUAUUUCUUUGUUAUGAUUAAGUAUUAAGAAAAAUACUUUUGUUAUGUCAUACGAUUGUCUUAAAAAUUGUUGAUAAACACUAUUGUUAUUAUAUAAUAAUAAAAAUAUAUUUAGGAUUCUAUACAAAUUUUUGGACCAAUGUUAUAAUUGAAUGAAUACCUUAAAAAUAUUUUUGGGCCCAUCAUAAAGUUCGUUCGCCUAAUAAAAGCUUAAGUUUCCCUUUAUUAAUGUAUACUACUAGGGAAAAUAAUGCCAAAAGACCUGUUUUGAGACUGAUUUUAAUUUUUAUAGUCAUAUGACAAAAUCAAAACAAUCCAUUGUUUGUUACAUAUUAAGAUCUGCUCUUUUACAAGAUUCAGUCUUGAGUUUUUUUAGAAUUUUAUGAGAAUUUUAUUACUCCAAGUGCGCAAAUGCUUAAAUUAUUUCUAUUAUUAUUUUAGGCUCAAUGUUUAUUAUGUUUUAAUAUUUAAGAAAUAUUUUUUGUGAGGCUAGGGAUAAAUAUAUAAGGAAUUAGGUUGACAAAUUCUUUUCCGACCACAACUACAAAAAGAAAAAUUAACGUAUUUAAAUUCGUAGUAGAGUAAAAAAUCCCACGAGGCAGAGGGAAAGUCGAUGAAAGUAAAAUUAAAAAUGAAGGGAACGAAUUUUAUCUAGCGAUACCGCAGUAGUCCCUUGAGAUUUUGACGUCCUCCUUGAUGGUGAGUCCUGUGGUUUAAAGUGGGAUUUACCACCUUACUGACAAAGACGUGCCGCUAGACGAUUUAGCGUUCCGGUAUUAUGACGCGUAGAAACCAAUUAGGGGUAUGAGUUUAAUGUAACUGCCAUGCCUCUAAAAGGUUAUCUCGUUACCAGUGGCGUGCACUUCAUGCAUGCACAAAAGCACUGCAUACCUAAAUUUUUUGUAUAACUCAUAAAAGGGGAAUGAUUUUUCAAUGUUAUGUCCACUUUCUUCUUUAUGCAUACCCUGGUCAAAAUUCCGGUGCACGCCACUGCUCGUUACCAUCUUAAACCGCAUGGUUGUUUACCAGCAGGUGAGAUAGCAGUCAAAGACUAACUUGUAUAGGAAUCAAUAAAUAGAUUUCCCUAGCCUUAAAAAAAUAUGAGUGUGACAGGUAACAACAUAGUUCUAUAAGGUAGCACUCCAGAACCAAACCUAAUUUACCUGUCACACAUACCUUAGUUUAGAGGUUUGUGUGACAUUAAAUAUAUGGGUCAAAUCACUAAUAUAUGGGUCAGGACCAAUUUUUUUAAAAACGCAUUGGUGGCAGACAUUCCUAGUGACCAUUGUAUCAAUGCUGCUUGUCAGAAAUAUACAUGGUCAUAGUGCUUCCCAGGACCAGCUCUGUUAUUGCAUGAGUUGAUAAUUAUAUUCUAUUUUUUAUUCUUUCAAGUAUGUGUCUAUUCAAGCCCUGUCUUUUGAUACCCAUGCUAAGGGAGUCGUGAAAAAAUGUAUGAUCCGCCAUUUUGUGGCGGCGGCCAUCUUGGACAGAUUUUCAUCAAACAUAGCUAAGAACAUUUACAACUUCUGUGUAUUAGUUUUCUUAGUGGAGACGUUUCGUUGUGAAUUCUUUUGUGCAUCCGUAAAAAAGUUGGUCCUUACCCGUAUAAUAAUAAUUAUUGAGUGUUUUAUUUUUAUUUUAUUUCUUUAAGUAUAUUACAUAUUAUCUAAGUUAUUAUGUGUUCCUCCAAAGUGCAGGGUACAUUUUUUCUAGUCAUGUUAUUUUGUAUAUUGGUUUUGCUGAUGUUAUUUAGCAUUACAUUGCCAUGCACUUGAGUUUUAUUUGCACGAAAUUGUCUGCCAAAUUCAUGCAUUUGAAGUUUAUAUUAGCUUUUAGCUUGUUGUUAUAGCUUGAUUUAAUGUCACAUUUGGUGUCAUUGCUUAGGCGCAGUUUUUAUAAAGAAGACUUCUUUAGCAUUGGGUAGGUACAGUGAGCAUCUAAAAUAUCAUCAAAGCACCAUUUCUUUCCAUCAACAUGUCUUUAAAUCUUAUUGCUGUCGUUGGUAUAAGUGAGGGUUUCGGGCAAUUAUGUACUAUUCGAAGAAAUAUUUGUGGAGAAUAAAUAUUCCGACCUACUGAUAUCUUCCAGAGAUUUCCCUUAACCCUGUCCAAUAUUUUCUCAGGGAACUAAUAUCAUCCAAACCUAGUAUUAUAAAUGCGAAUGUGUCUGUGAAAUUGUGAUGGAAUUUGGAACAUAAUUGAAUCUGGGAGUUAUUUUUUAUUUAAAGUAUUUCUGCGGGAUGUACUUAAACAUUUGUAGAACAAACUUUUUUUUGUUUCUUUUUUGGUCGUUUUAUUAUUCUUCAGUUAUGUAAGAGAUUUAAAAAGAAAUAAAUUGUGUGCGAUAAAUGAACCUCAAUGUAAUCAUGUUAUUUGAAGCUCACUGUACGCUAGAAGUUAAAUAUUUGAAUUAAAUUAGCCAUAUCAAAAUAUCUACCAUCAAUCGAUUUUCUAGAUUAUUGUUAUAUAUUAUAUAUUGAACCAAAUUUAAUAUUCAUAGUGUACUUGUAAUGUACUUAAAUAUUUAUUAAUAUUAAUAUACUUAUUACCAAUUUAUAAAAAUUAUACAUGUUACAUUCAAUUAUUGUCUCGGGUAUAUUUAUAGCUUUACUUACGAAACAGUUGGGUAAUUUAACUAUUUUUUUCUUUUCAAUGUUACUCGGACGAUUACAAAAAUAUAGUUUACUUUUUCUAGUAUAAGGUGUGUUCAAUCAAAUCAUCAAAUAUUUUAAAAUUGGAAACGCACAUACACAGCUUACGGACAUACACAGAAGUAGUUAAAAUGUUUUUUCAUCCACUUUUGUUUUUACAGACCUAAGAACCUGCUGCACUUGUUUAAUUAAACAAAGUGCAUCAGUGUAUGACUAGUAUUUCCUUUUGUAGCCUGUAUAGAAACCUGCCCAGAAGUGGUACGUACGUGGCUGAACUUGCGUUCUAAGCCAAGACAGAUAAACUAUAUGAAGCUUUCAGUCUGCCCCAAAUGUAAUGUACUUAACUACUUUUUGCAAAAGACAACAGAAUUGGAAAGUGACUUCUUGCACCACAUAUACAAAGUUAAGAAGACAUUUUGUUGUUGAAGGCAAAACAAAAUAUCUUCUCGGAGCUGGAAAAUAGUUGUAUUGGAUUCGUCAUAUUUUUUAUUUCAGAAACGAAAUGUACGAUCGCUUGUCUUUAAAAUACCUGUAAGGUGGCAGGUAAGUUUUUUUUCGUUUUGCAUAUGUGCAGAGCCUCCACCUGUGUCUUAAUUAUUUGGUAUAUAUUUUGGCCUUGUUUGGAAUUCUUUGGCUUUUUUUAAGUUUCCUUUUUUUCUUUUAGACUUUUAGACCGCCACAGAAAUUGGCCAUAAAUACACUACAGACAUACAAAUCUCUUUUUGCGGCGGGCGUUAAAAACAAUAACAUAUAUUAUCUGUUGACUGCCAAAGUAACAUGAAAAGAAAAGUUCAUUACCCAACUUGACGUUAACUGUUGUAUUAUAUUUCUUUAUCUUUAAAAACAUUACGGCUAUGUUCUCAUAAAACUAUUCCAUUUUAAUA